CGGGAUGAAGUUUUAUCCUCUCGACUGGGGCUUGGUGCAGAUGCUGAGGGUUUGGACGUUCUGCAGGGCGAUGGUACUUAUUCUUAUGGUUCCCUUAGUCUAAAAUUUGUGUGCAAGGUGGGGAACCAAAAAAAAAAAAAAAGAAAAGGGCAAUUGCCUGAGGAGAUCGACGCUCUCGCAUGCGCUGGGUAACCGGCUACUUCUCUUGUUGCCUGACUCACAAUGGACUUCAAGCUGCAUAUCUCCGCGGUAGUACUUUACGUACUGGAGCUAAGAUAAGGCAUGAUUCCAUCCUAAUGCGUGUGACUGUGCGGACCUAGCCCAACUCGCCCGCACCUUCGGUCUACAUAAAGCGGGGUGCCUUUCCCUGCCUAUCUUUUUCCUCUUGUGUCCUGUCAUCACUGGAACAUUUCGCGUGAAGAGAAAUCAAUAUGGCCACGGAACAGGUUCUGCCAGUGCCUCGUGAGCGUAACAUCGAGGCCCAGAGUGCCUUCGCCUCUACUCUGGUGGCCGAUGUGGAGAAGGCGCCUCAUCCCAAGGAGUCUCCUUCUGAUCGGCCGCAUACCAAUGUCUAUGGAUCGACGAUUGAAACGCCUACUUCCCAGGCGGGAACGGACGCGGUCUAUGCGGCCAAGGCUGCGCUUCUGAACCAGGCCUUGCUGGAUAUGGGGAUGGGUCUGUACCAGUGGUUGCUUUUUGUGAUCACCAGUGUCGGAUGGUUCCUCGAUAGUUUCUGGCUGAUGUCUUUCUCCAUUAUCGCGCCGUCCGCAGCCAACGAGGCGCAAUUUUUCUACUCCUACAACAAGGAGGCCUACCUGUUCGUGAGUCUGUUUGUUGGAAUUACCACCGGUGCCACGGCAUGGCCUUGGAUGUCCGACUUCCUGGGCCGGAAAUGGAUCUUCACAAGCACUGUCGUUCUUAUGGGUAUGGGCGGAUUGGUAGGCGCUGGCAUGCCGGCGUUCACCGGUCUGUGUGUUGUCGGGUUUGUUGUCGGCUUUGCGGUAGCUGGCAACCAGGUUGUGGAUGCCAUGAUCCUGCUCGAGUCGAUCCCUGCGUCUCACCAGUUCUUGGUUACCAUUCAGGGUGCCUUCUGGGGGCUGGGCCAACUUGUUGCGUCAGCCGUUGGCUGGGCAUUCAUUGCGGAGUAUACCUGCGGCACUGGGCCUGACGAAGUCAGCACGGCGACGGCGCUUUCCCAUCAGUCCCGUGCCACACACUCCGGCAGCAGCAGCAGCAGCAGCAGCAGCAGUGCGAGUAGUAGCAGCUCCUGCCACUAUGUCAGCAACAAGGGCUGGCGCUACGUGUGGUGGACCUUCGGCUGCAUCACUCUGUUUCUGUAUCUCUGCCGAUUCACCUUCCCUCUCCGCGAGACACCCAAAUACCUCCUCUCCAAACGCCGUGACGCCGAGGCCACCCAGCUCGUCAAGGACAUCGCCACGUACAACAAGCGCCGCACCUGGCUUGACGAGUCCUCCUUUGCUCGCAUCGACUCGACCGUCGACGCCAGCGCUCCGGAGUCCCGCCGCCCAUCGCGACUCAGGGCGUUGUUGUCUUCCGCCGGACCUCUGGGCUUUUGCGUGCUCAGUCUCCUCUGGUCCGCCACCGGUCUGACGUUCAUUCUUCACAAGACGUAUAUCAGCAAAUACCUCGUCACCAAGGGUGUAGCGUCCAUCAGCGCCACGACCGUGACCACGGACUACCUGUACAGCCGGUACCUGUACGUCGCCAUCUGCGCCAUCCCGGGACCCAUUCUCGCCGGCUUCCUGAUCGAAGCCAAAGGGCUUGGCCGCAAGCGCACGGGCGGCGUCCUCGCCGUUCUCCUCGGGCUGUUCAUGUUCCUGGCGACCGUGUCUCGGUCCCGUGACGCUCUGCUGGCUUUUGAAUGCAUCCUGUCGUUCCUAGAGGCUGCCAGUCUGGCUGUGCUCACGACGUAUACGGUGGAGCUCUUUGCCGCACCGUUCCGUGGGUUUGGGUUGGGGGUGAUGGGAUUCUUGGGGGGACUGUUCGGGUUGAUUGCCUCGAUCGUGACAACGUUUGAGGCUAGUGCUGCUGGUGGGGCCGCGGUGUGGUUCUGCGGUGCGAUUUGGGUGGUGUUGGGGGCGGCGUGGAUGGGAGUGCCGGAGACGAAGGGCCGUGCUGCUGCGUGAUGUGGUCGGAUGUUUGUUGUGGUUGGCCGGUUCAGUAAUAUAAUAUGGGUGAAGUAUGGGUUGAUGAGUAGGAGGUUGAUCCCGGGAGACUGAUAGUAU